UUUCUUUUUCAUUAUUCUCACCACAAAAAUCAUUUGAAAAAUAUGAAGUUGUACACUUUUAUCCUCUUCACUUUAGCUUCGUUCUUGGUUGAAACUUCAGCAGAACAAUGUGGAAGACAAGCUAAUAAUGCUCAAUGUCCAAACGGGUUAUGUUGUAGCCAAUUUGGUUGGUGUGGCAACACACCUGAGUACUGUGGUGCUGGUAAUUGCCAAAGCCAGUGUCCUGGCAGCGGCAGUGGCGGUGGCUCAACCCCUACACCAACUCCUAGCGGUGGUGGUGGAGACGUUAGCAGCAUAAUUACUCCAGCUCUUUUCGAUCAAAUGCUUAAGUAUCGAAAUGACCCAAGAUGCCAGAGUAAUGGAUUCUACACUUACAAUGCUUUUAUUUCUGCUGCAAGGUCCUUUAAUGGCUUUGGCACAUCUGGAGAUCUUGAUACGCGUAAAAGAGAGCUUGCCGCUUUCUUGGCUCAAACUUCUCAUGAGACUACAGGAGGAUGGCCAAGUGCACCAGAUGGACCAUAUGCAUGGGGAUAUUGCUUUGUUAGGGAAAAUGAUCGUCAAACUUAUUGUUCAUCAAGUGAAUGGCCAUGCCCUGCUGGUAGACAAUACUAUGGCCGAGGGCCAAUUCAACUCACUCACAACUACAACUAUGGGCUAGCGGGUAGAGCUCUUAGGGAAGAUCUAAUAAACAAUCCGGAUUUGGUAGCAACCGACCCGGUGAUAUCAUUUAAGACAGCCAUAUGGUUUUGGAUGACCCCACAGGGAAACAAGCCAUCAAGCCACAACGUUAUCAUUGGACAAUGGACACCGUCUGAUGCAGAUAGGGCAGCUAAUAGGGUCCCAGGCUACGGUGUGAUCACCAACAUAAUCAACGGAGGACUUGAGUGCGGACAAGGUGCUAAUGAUAAGGUGGAAAGCAGAAUUGGGUUUUACAGAAGAUACAGUGGCAUUUUGGGAGUGAGUACAGGGGGAAACCUGGAUUGCUACAAUCAAAGGCCUUUUGCUCCUUAAGGCAUAACCUAUUUUUGGAUCCAAACAUAUUCCAUAUCCACUAAUAAUAAAUGAGUAAUUCUAUCAAUAUCUUCUAAUAAAAAUAUUAUUUUUAAUUGUUA